AUGGCCAACAUCAACUGGAGAACCAUUAAUAUCGAUGCCCUGGACCCAGACAGCCCCGCCAACUUCGACCUAAGCUCCCUCACACCCGCCGUCACACCCAUAUCCACUGCCGAUGUCCAGAACACCGCCCAGCAAAUACGGCAGCUGCUGAGAGGCGGAGACAACGAGGGAGCUCUGCAGAGCGCCCUGGAAAACCCCCCCUACGGAGGAGAUGAGAAGGGCAAGGAAGCUUAUCUCGCCAUCGUCAUAGAAAUAUUACAGUCCAUUCGCCAGUCAGACAUGUCACCGAUACUCAGCCGGCUAUAUGGCGCUCCGGGUGGCACAGAGGCAUUGGACGUACUGAUGAAGUACAUUUACAAAGGCAUGGCACACGCAACCGAAGGUAGCGGCACACGCCACAUCACACCUCAGCCAACCGGUUUCUCACAGAUUCAUACUCGCGGUGGAGGAGAGGGUGGUGGCCAGGCCAUGAGUGUGUUGCUCAGCUGGCAUGAAAAGCUCGUCGAGAUAGCUGGCCCAGGAUCCAUCGUCAGGGUCAUGGCAGACAGGCGUGUCGUUUGA